CAUAUAUUUCAAAAAAAAAAAAAAAAAAAAAAACACUUUCUGGAUUCUUCUCCUCACCUGUCCUUUCUAGCCCAAUUUCACAGUGACACCCACCGAGCUAAAAAAAUCUCAGCUUCUUCUUGCUGAAGGAAGCACUACACCUGUCACACUUACCCUUUUUCACAUGCACACUCUUCUUGCCCUAUUCAGAUAUACCCACAUAGAGAGAACAUAGUGAUUUUGUAUAUUUCUAACCCAUCUGUUUCCUAAACACAUCACCAACUGAUAAGUGAAAACAUCGCAUCCAAUUUCUUCCUUAACGACAUCGCCUUUGUUGGAUUCUUCGUGGGGUUCGUACAAUGUCAGGGUCCGGUGGGGUUUCGAUUGCCCGAGCUCGCGGUGAGAACCGAUUCUAUGUUUCUCCGGCUAUGCGAAAGCAGCAGCAGCAGGGGUCGUCGAUUUCCAAGAAUUGUACGGUGGAGAGCGAGAAGAGAACGGAUUCCGAUCAAUGUGGCUCAGUGUCUUCGUCGUCGUUCACGUCAAAUUGUUAUUGUUCGGUUUCGGGCCGGGUUGAGGGCGAGUGUAAUUCCACGAAUUUAGAUCGGUUCUUGAAGUACACUACUCCUGUGGUUCCUGCCCAAUAUUUCCCAAAGACAAGCAUCCGGGGAUGGAGAACUCGUGAAGCAGAGUACCACCCAUACUUUAUACUGGGUGAUCUAUGGGAAUCUUUUAAAGAGUGGAGUGCCUAUGGUGCGGGUGUUCCCUUGCUGUUAAAUGGAAGUGAAACUGUUAUGCAGUACUAUGUUCCCUACUUGUCUGGCAUUCAGCUGUAUAUAGACCCAUCAAGACCCUCUCCAAGGCUAAGGAGGCCUGGUGAAGAUAGUGAUGCUGAGUCAUCCAAGGAAACCAGUAGUGAGGGUAGCAGUGACUACGGAGCAGAUAGAGGAGUAAAGAAUGCUGUUCAGUGGAAUUGGACCCAGCAAAACGUGAUAGAUGCAAAUAUUAAGAGUUUGAAUAGACUCUCACUGAGAAAUAAACCUUUCAGAGGUUCAUCAAGUGAUGAAUGUGAGAUUUCCAAACCUUCAGGUCAUCUUGUUUUUCAAUACAUGGAGCACGCUUCACCAUUUACUCGUCAACCAUUGGCUGACAAGAUCUCAGUUCUCGCAUCUCAGUUUCCAGAACUGGAGACAUAUAGGAGCUGUGAUCUGUCACCUUCAAGUUGGAUUUCUGUUGCUUGGUAUCCCAUAUAUAGGAUCCCCAUGGGUCCUACGCUACAGAAUCUGGAUGCCUGCUUUUUAACCUUCCAUUCUUUAUCAACACUCUUUCAGAAUCAGAAUGCCGAUGAGUUGCACCUUCAUGGUUCUAGUGUUAGGGGGGUUCCCUGUGCUGAUAUGUCAUUCAAGCUACCUUUGCAUACAUUUGGUCUGGCUUCCUACAAGUUUAAAGUUUCUUUUUGGAACCCGAAUGGAGCUUAUGAAUGUCAAAAGGUCAAUUCCCUGUUACGGGCUGCUGACAACUGGCUUAAGCAAAAGCAAGUAAAUCAUCCUGAUUUUGCGUUCUUUUUCUCGCACAACUCAAACUGGAGAUGACUGGGGAGUUAUAUGAGUGAGCUAUAAACCUGAAAUGAAGGGAUGCAUAUUGGGACCUUCAAUCCUGAAAGAGAAACCUUAUUUCUUAAUGUUCCCCUAUGUUUUAUAACUAUAUGGAGAGGUGUAUGAUCAGGAUUCCCAGCCUAAAGUUAAAGUUGGCUACAAAACCUUGUCCCUUUACUGAACAGCCCAGGAAUGAAAUUAGUGUUGGCUUUAAUGCGAGGCUUUACAUAUUCAGAGAUAUUUGAAAAGGCUUUGUGAUUGAUAAUCAUUAUGGUUUUUUGAUCUUGUGGACAGUUUUACGUAGUGGCCUGAGAUUAAGAACUAUAGUUGCUACAACUUUCGAAUAAGGUUGUCAGAUGAUGAUGAAAAAAAUUAGUGACUCUUGUAAAUAUAUGUGUUGUCGUAGCAUAUGCUGCAUACUUGUACUAACAGUUUCUAAUUUUUAUAAUAAAAUGGUAUUUACUUCUCGUGCUUCUAUAA